AUGGCAGCUCGCUAAGUAUUUUGCAGAUUGUAGCCAAAAGUGAACAAUUAUCAUAACGACGGCACAGGGAGGUAUUUAACAUAGUUGAUCACAGGGAUUCUUACAUAAGCAAGUUUAAUGGGGGACAGAUGAAUCAGACUCUGCAAUCUCAAAUAGCUCCUCAAGCAAAUCAUGAGUUCGAGAAAAUGCAUUACCUCACAAAAUCAAAUAGCAAUCUGGGACGUUCUGGGAAUCUACCACCUCAAAUACCCAUCAAAACUACGAAGUAUUGGGGGGAUGGAAGUGGGAGAGAUUAUUUUGUAAUAGUAAAUGAUGGUGGAUAAUGCAAUCCAUGUAAUUGGUGGGACAAUGUCGAAAUCCAAUUUCAAAGGCAACUCAGAAAUUAUCAAAAGACAGGUCCUUUGCGGAUUAGCAGUGCUUGUCCAUCCAAACAACAAGAUAGAUUGGCAGAACCCAAGAAACAGUUACAAAUUAAGUAAAGACCUCAUACUCCCAAUAUCAAACAAGCUCAUAAAAUCUAUCAAUCUUAUCAAACUUUGAAAUAUUAAAGCAAGGCUCGUAACAUAAGGUACAAGACACAUAAUGAUAAUUGA